UGCCUGUGUCACUGCAAAGGGCAAAGCCUUCUGAAAUAGCAGCAAAGUUGUUCACAAACCACUCUGUGGUUUGCAGUUGGUUUCAGCCAGCUUCAGCAACUUGUUGCCAUGAGGAAAAUAAUCUGUGCUUUCCUCAGCAGCCGGCAAAGGAUUCCAACCCUGUAAAGUGCUCCUGCCCCAAGGUGCAAAGCGGGUGGCAAUGAUACCCGGGCAGAGCUCAGGGGACCUCGACCAGCAGAGCCAGACAAUGAGAGCAGGGGAGGAUGAUGAGAGCAGCCGGGACAGCCACCACGGCAACUGCCACCACCUCUGCAAGCUCCAGGCUGCACCAGGUUGUGGAACAUUUACUCUUCUAUCGUCUGCCAUUGCUGCUGUAAGUGGACUUCUGAUGGGUUAUGAGUUGGGCCUUAUCUCUGGAGCUCUUCUUCAGAUGAGCAACAUAUUAACACUCUCUUGUAAAGAGCAGGAAAUCAUUGUAAGUUCCCUGCUUUUUGGGGCCUUAUUUGCAUCCCUUACUGGUGGAUUCCUGAUAGACCGAUUUGGAAGGAGACUUGCUAUUAUUAUUGCAUCUUCUUUACUUGUGUUGGGGAGUCUAAUUUUACUGCUCUAUGAGUCAUAUGGAAUACUUAUUGUGGGACGAAUUGCCAUAGGUGUUUCCAUAUCACUAUCAUCAAUUGCAACAUGUGUGUACAUCGCUGAAAUCGCCCCACAGCACAGAAGAGGCCUUCUCGUAUCGUUAAAUGAACUCAUGAUAGUGAUAGGCAUUCUCUUUGCCUAUAUUUCAAAUUAUGCGUUUUCCAGUGUAUCUCAUGGCUGGAAGUACAUGUUUGGCCUCGUGAUUCCAGUAGGUGCUCUGCAGGCUAUUGCCAUGUAUUUCCUUCCUCCAAGUCCUCGGUUUCUUGUUAUGAAAAAUAAUGAUGAAGCUGCAAGAGAAGUACUGGAGAGGCUACGGCAAACAACAGAUGCUACUAAAGAACUUACUGUGAUCAAGUCUUCCCUGAAGGAUGAACAUCAGUAUAGUUUCUUGGACCUGUUUAGUUCAAAAAACAACAUGAGGGCGCGAAUGUUGGUAGGACUCACUCUAGUUUUUUUUGUGCAAACAACUGGGCAACCUAACAUUUUAUUUUACGCAUCAACUGUUUUGAAGUCAGUUGGGUUCCAGAGCAAUGAAGCCGCCAGCUUGGCUUCUACUGGAGUUGGAGUGGUUAAAGUGGUCAGCACAGUCCCAGCCACAGUUUUUGUGGAUCAAGUUGGAAGUAAAACCUUUCUGUGUAUUGGCUCUUCAGUUAUGGCAGUAUCAUUAAUCACUAUGGGCUUAGUCAGCCGUAACAUACAUGUAAAUUUUACCAACGUUUGUAGAAGCCAAUCUCCAGAGGAUUUCUUUCUCCAGAGACCAGAAAACCUCACUGGUGUGACCAAUGGGAGUCUCAAGGACCUCUUUGCUAACAUGGCUUCACCAGAAAUAUCAUCAUUUGAUGCACAAAGCCCACGUGUUGCCAGGACAGAAGAACUCAACAGGACUGCCCUGUCAGGAGGCAAAGGCACAACAGGGUCUCACAUGGAAACUGAGGAGGUUCCUGUUGUCCAGAAAUGGCUCUCACUGGCCAGUCUGCUUGUUUAUGUUGCUGCAUUUUCCAUAGGUCUUGGACCAAUGUCCUGGCUGAUCCUGAGUGAAAUUUUUCCUGGUGGGAUCAGAGGACGCGCCAUGGCUUUGACAUCUAGCAUGAACUGGGGUAUCAAUCUCCUCAUCUCCUUGACAUUUUUGACUGUAACUGAGCUCGUUGGCUUGUCCUGGGUGUGCUUCAUUUACACAAUAAUGAGCCUAGCAUCCCUUGCUUUCAUCAUUGUGUUUAUACCAGAGACAAAAGGAUGCUCUUUGGAGCAAAUAUCCAUGGAACUAGCUAAACAGAAAUACGUGAAGACCUCCUCGUGCUGGAUGAGCCAGCGCAGAGAGAAACUGGUACCAGUGGAACUUAGCAAGAGAGAGAAAGAGCAGCUCUACUAGACCUGGGGCGAUCAAAGCAGCCUUUGCCAAGUCUGAUUAAGGAAAAACAGUUCGGCUUGCUCACACUUUUGAUGGGACACGUGGUGCCUUUACUAUACACAAGAUAUUCUCCCUUUCAUUUCUUUGUAGAGCUUCUUUCAGUGGCAGUUUACAGCCAACAUUAAAGAUUGUUGUAGUUUAUAACUUACUAAAAAUCUUUGCCUUUUUCAAACCACCAUCCUUCCCCUGAGGUUAUUCAGUGCUUACAUACAGGAGGUGAAUGAAAAUUGGAGUAUUGUGUACAAUUCUAAUUAUCCACAUGCAACAGGAGUUCAGCCUGGAAGAGGAGCAAUGAACAGCUGGGGUGCCAAGAAGAGGGAAGAGUUUCAUAGGAGCCCAGCAAAACCAGGUUUAAUCAUGCUAGUAGGAAAGAGGUGAACAACUCUUAGUACAUUAGGGAAGACAAUACUAUGGAGCAAAAAUGGACAACUAUGGAGUGUAAAGGAUGAUUCUAGUCCAGAUCAAAUGGGUAGAAACUGUUUAUGAAUGAGUUUGGGCUUCAGCUUAACGAGACUUGAAAAAGGAUCUUGUUCAUGAGAAGCUAAUAAUUUAUAACGCAGAGUGCGCUUAGCUUGUAAAAGGAACUUUACAUAUGGUUUCCUGGGAGGGCCAGGAUUUAGUGACCUAGGAAACACUCCUCAGAAAAUGUAGUCAAAUUGUUUAAUGGGGGGAAAUUUGCAUAAUCAAUUACUCUAGUUUGAGGGUGUUCUUACAGCAGAGAGGACUGGAUUUCUUUGACUUCACCAGUUCCAGGAAAGUUGGAAGCUGGAGGCUGAUGACAAAAUCAUUUUAUUGCUCAAUGCAGGGCACACUAGACUUUGACAUUUGGAUUCAGAAAGUGAGAAUUAUGUGGUACAGAGCAGUACAAAGGGAGUUCAGAAACUGUAGUCACUGCAAGUGAUAAAUUAUAUCAAAUUAUUGGUUAUUGCUAAACAAGUGUAUCCGGAAGUACCCAAUAAGCCUCUACAAAGGCUUAUUUACAAAGGCUACAUCUAUAUGGCUCCCAUAAAAGAACAUAGUUCAUUUUUUUCUUAGAAGGUUAUUAGAUUCUGUUAGAGUGAUUGGUAGGUAAAUAUUUAUUAACAGAUAAACAAAUGAGGUUUUGUCUAAAGAAAAAAACAUGCUUUAGAAGUAUACUGGCUGUCCUAACAGCUACACAGUGGCAUUUCUUUCAGCAUUUAAUUGAGGAAGAAAGACUGACACUGUCAGCUGGACCGUGAAUACUACUUUGAACUAAGCACGUUUCCACUUCAUUUGCUGUCUUAUAGCAUUAAAGCUGCCUGACUGUGUCCUGUGCUGAUGAAGCAGUAACUUACUGAUCUAGGUAAAGUUCUACCUCUGAGCAAAGAGGAUCAGUUCAGAUCAGAUUCUCACAUGGCCACAAUUCUAGAUUCUGACAUCAUACAUUUAUAGGAGAAUGUCUAUUCAGACAGCGAGAAUGUGUUCAAAACCAGAAAAGAGACUAUUGAAGCCAAGGACCCGAUUUACCAGAAAUCACUGGAAAUUUAGCUACCUCAGAAUGGGAACCUACUGGCUCAGUCUGUACCACAACUUUCCCACAUCAUAAGCUUUAAUGGAACAAAUACCAAACCCCUGCUGGAUUCCUGGUACAAAGGUCAGAUAAGUAGGGCCACAAAAGGCUAGGAGAAAAGGUCCCCUUGCCACCGUCCAGGGAACCCCAUAGCAAAGAGUCUCCUUGUGUUUCCCUGACCUCAGCAGUAAGUUUACCCUGCGCUGGAGCAGCAGGAAUUGACAAAGGUAAGAGCAUUCCUGUAACUUCUAUAAAUAGUCAGAAAAAUGAUGCAAAAUGCAUUAGAGGUCAGCCAUGUAAAAGUUUCAUAGCAGUGUGAAGCAAGGAGAGCUGGGUUUGGAACAGCAGAAGAGAAGCCACACACAGGGAGGUCAGAGAUUGACUGUGGUGAUGGGGGGAAAGGGGCAGCUGAAGUUUUUAAUCAUAGAUGUUUCAUACAAAGAAGGGUGAAUUUUCACCUUAAAUUUUCACACUUAACUUGGAGAUGUGAGGAACUCCAGAACCAGAACACAGCAAAACUGUUUUGGUUGGUUUUUUAAAAAGUUUUAUUAUUAUUACAGUUUGGACUGCUUAGUUCAGCAUAUUGAUCUUUACACUUUUGAGAUCAGCUCAUAUUCUGAUAUACAGCCUGAAUUUCUUUUUUUGUUUUUUAACCACAGUAUGCUCAAGCAAAGAAUAUAUUUGAAAAAUAUUGAUGCCUUCUUGCAAAAGAAAACACCACAUUCUGUUGCUGAAAUGGAAAGAAUAAUAAAAUACGGGAUAUGUGGUCAGUGCCAUGUGUUGCCUAAUGAGUAUUUGUUAAGUCUGAAGUCUGGCAAGCAUUUGAUGUAGAAAAGGAAAAGAUCUAGAGAACUUCUCCAGUGCCAACAAAGGGCUGCAGGCUGGACCUGCUAGUGCUGCAAAGCUUUUUCCUUGGAUCAACAGUAAUAUUUUCUUUUUAUAAGACCAACAGAUUCCAGUAUCAGUUCUGAACACUUGUAAAAUGAUGUUGACAAAUAACAGAGUCUGAACCGACCAUUUUCUGGGUUUUGCAUGUUAGUACCUUCCUCAGUUGUUUAGUAUUAACGUCUACUGAAAUCUCUCCACCUGCCUCACAUUUAGGCUGGAAGGAUAGUUAUCAGUAUCAUGCAUUGUACUAAAUCAGUUUCAGAACAAAAAACAUUAGGGUGAUUCUGUGUAGUCUUCCAAAAUAUACUGUUAGUUUAUCAUUCUUGUACUAACAAGUGCCUGACAGUAAAUUACACAAUAUAAUGUAUUUUUAGUAAGAUUAAAUUGCAGGAAAUUAAUCCAUUUCCUUAUCAGUGACCUUACCAGGUAGUGGAUUACCUGCAUUUCCAAUAGCAUCCCCAUUUACUCUCAUCGGUAGUGUUUCUUGAUUGUUGCUUCAAGAUAGCAUAACUUUGCACAUGCCAUCCAAGCCCAUACAGGUUUUGAAGUCAUGAAAGGGACAUCUGCAAAAUCCUUCUCAGCAUUACAGCUUCUCAAACAAACCCCUGCUGUAAGAAAUUUUCAAGUGUUCUUAAAAAAAUAAAUUUAACUCAGAAGAUACCACAAAAAUUGUCACUCUACCUUACAGGUCUGAGGCUCAUUGUGAGCUCUUCUCAGCUUCCCCCAUGCACACCUCUUAAGUGUAGAAACAAAAAAGUAAAAAUACCAUCUUUCUGAAGAAGGCAUAGUUCCAACACUCGUUUAACUGCAGAUAUCCUAAUAGCUUCAGAUACCUCCAAAAGGUGAUGAUGCUACAGUCAAGGGCUCUUUAAACUAUUUUAGGUAGAUUCUUAAUUGUACCACAGACUUAGCCCUAUACUAAAUAAAUGUAGUUCUAAUUGUAUUGGUCUUCCAUAACAAUGCCUGCACAUCUAAUGACACAGAACUGGCAGUCACAACCUCACCAACUAUGAAAAUACAAGGGAAAAAAGGAUAUUUCAUACAAAUCACAUCCCUGGAUCUCUGAAGCACUCCACAAAAUAAAUUGGACCAGGCCUAAAAUUAUUCGGUAUCUUCAUUAAUGGACUGGAUUACAAAAUAGAAUAUGCUUAUUAAAUUUGCAUGCAAUACUUAACUGGAAGACACUGCGCUGGAAUUCAGAGCUUUCAAACCCACAAAAAGGGUCUGAAAAAGCAGGUUACAAUUCUGAAAGCGUAAGUGCAAGUUUCUCUGGUAACCUAAUCAUAAGUCAGAGAAUCAUAAAAUGGAGCUAGAAACUACAGGAAAAGAUCUGGUGGCUAUGACAAGUUACAAGCCAGCAAUGAGUCAGAGUUACAAUUCUGUUGCAAAGAGGAGCCCUUAGCAGGUUAUAUAAAUAUAACCAAUUCUUCUCUAAAGGAAUGUGAAAUAAACUCUAUAUGGCGCUGCUAGUGCCACAGCUGAGCAGUAUGAGGAGCUUUGCAUGGGAUCCAUCUGCAGAAUCCAGCAGCAGAUGAACAAUGCUCUAGAAAACACAGCUAUUGAAGAAGAGCUGAUUGAUUGACAGGUAAAUUUAAUUCAAAGCUAUGCCCCAGAGCUACCGAGGCAUACUGUCUGGCCGAGUCCGCAUUAUGGCUGUGAGUUGAUAGUGAGAGCCUAGGUGGAGGCAGCACAGCAAAGCAAAGCCUGACACGUGAAGAUGGGGAACAGGGGGGUGUGUGUCUAUGCACGUAUGUAGGAACAAGCAGCAGCGAGGCUUAUUCCAGACUGAGGCGGAGACCUACUGAUUUAGAGCAGUGAUGGGAGUGAUAUCCCUGAGUAUAAAGGUACACCGUCAAUUGCCCUUCGUCAUGAGAUUUUAAAGCACUAUUUGUCACAGAUUGAGGCUCUCUUGGAGCUAGAAGGAUCGGUGAGCAUAUAUUUCAAAGAAUCUUUUAUUUGCCGUUAUUCUCUUUCUCAGUGCUAUCUUACAAGCUCAGUAGUGUGUUUUCAGCUCCCUUAUGGAGGCCUCGAACUGCUAGCACAGACCUAAGCAGUGCUUCAAAAGAAACAGUUCCCAUUUUAAUGCAUUUCAGCUUAUUAUUACCUUUCAUUUUUGUUUUAACAGGCAGAGUUCAUACUAUGUGAUAGCACUAACUGAAAACAUUCCUCUUUCUCUACAGUUAAAUUUAGGAGACAUAUGCUUGAUAAAAGCUCCAGAAUUUUACCAGUAGCACUCAAGUGCUUUGUAAUUUGAUCCAAAAAAGAAGCAAGCCUAAUCUAAGACAGCUAUUGCAGCCUCAUUCAUCAGUUUAGGACCAAACUUUGUGCCUGGAAAAUCCAGAAUUUUGUUCACUGUUCAAAUACAUUCUGCUUUUUCCUUUUUUUUUUUUUUACACAUCGUAAUAAUAAUAGUGGUUUGUUCAUCACGUUCUCCGAUUUUUCACAAAAUCCUCAUUAGUGUCAGGAGUGCUGAGAUCCACAUUACCUUCUAAAGAAUGUGGAAAGCUUGCAUAUAGCAAGGACUCCUUUUCCUGCUCUUUAUCAUGAGUUCCAUUACUGUUCAUAUCAUAGACUGCUUUGGGUUGGAAGGGACCUUAAAGAUCACCCAGUCCCAACCCCCCUGCCAUGGGCAGGGACACCUCCCACUAGGAUCAGGCUGCCCAAAGCCCCAUCCAACCUGGCCCUGAACACUUCCAUGGAGGUAGCAUCCACAACUUCCCUGGGCAAUUUCCAGUGUUUUACCAUCCUCACUGUAAAGAAUUUCUUCCUAAUGUCUAGGAAUGUGGAAUUCAAUUUAGUAAUUGAAUAGUUAUGAGUCCUCUCUUUCCUAUCUGUACUGAGCUUAAAACAAUUUUCAUGAAUAUAUCACUUAAGACUUGUGGGAAAUUGCUGCUUCUUUCUUUUUGUUCUGUAAGAUUGUGCAUUUCCCAUACCGCUCCUUCCUUUCCAUAAUUUUUACAUUAAAUUACUACGGACAGCCUCAACUUCUAUACCACCCCCCAGACAGAUUAAAUACAUUAUGCAAAGGAUUUGCUUCUUCUGGAUGUUGUUCCACCUUUCUUCCACAGCUGCAACUUCUGAUACAGUAUCAGCUCAUUGUUCAUUAUUUUUAGC